CGAAGGAGGCUCAGAAGUGCACAGUGACCUGCAGGCGCGGGGGGAGGGCGCGUUCGGCUGCACGAUCCCUCUCGACUCUCGGCUGCUGGGAUCUUGAAGGGGUGACCCUUGGCAGCAGAAUGCCCCACCCCAUGAACCUCACUUGCCACAUCAGUAAUUGAACCUGCACUAGGAAUCGGCUCUGCGCCGCCGCUCCUUGGCUCAGAGGCGGCAUCCAUUGCCUAGCAACGCAGAACUGCCACGAGAUUGAGUUUUUCCUUCCCUUUUCUUCCAGGAGCCCCUUUAAGCCGUUGGCACUACAAGUCCCAGGAACCGUGGCGGCAGUCUCAGCCUGCGCCUCCCAUAGUGCCUCGCGCGGCCAGACUCAGGAGACACGUGAAGGGAAGAUCGGGGCACGAACUACACCUCCCAUGAGGCGCCGCGCGGCUGGGCCGGGGGACGUUAGUUAGUUUCCGGAAGAAUGGUUGGGGGUGGGGCUUCGAGCGGGAGGUGGCCGUUAAGGCUUCUGAUUGGUCUAUUCCGGAGACGAGCGGCCACGCUGCCCAAUGGAAGCAACGGGCGGGCGGGCAAGGGUGAGACCGUGGGACCUAAGCCGCUGCGGUGGCCUAAGACGGAGGUGAAGAGCUGUCUGUCCACGGCCCAUCCCCAGGUCCCGGGCCGGGAAGAGCUGGAGAUGUCCAAAGCCAGGAACCAUCUGGAUGCCGUCCUGCAGUGCUUGCUGGAGAAGAGCGACGUGGACCGGGACCAGCUGGAGGAGGAGGCCGGGAAAACACCCUCCGAUGCUCACAGCAAGGACUGCUCUCUCACCUCAGCUGGCAAACGGCCCUCAGCCCGGUUCCCCCAUCACAGGAGGAAGAAGAGGAAGGAGAUGGAGGAUGGGCUCGCUGAGGGGGGACAGCAGAGACCCAACACUUAUACCAUCAAGCUAUUUGACCGCAGCGUGGACCUGGCCCAGUUCAGUGAGAACACGCCGCUUUACCCCAUCUGCCGGGCUUGGAUGCGCAACUGCCCCUCGGUGCGGGAGCCAGAGCGCUCGCCCAGCCCCGCCCCAGCUCCCCGGCCGGAGGAUGAGGAGGGAACCGAGGUCACCAACGGUAAGAGCCGAGAUGUGUACAAGCUGCCGCCCCCCACUGCCCCCUGCCCUCCUGGGGAAGCCCCCAGUCCCAGGAUCCCCUCCCCACUUCGGCCAGAGGGCCAGGAGGCCUCUGAGGACCCGCCCCCCGAGACAGCCCCAACCAUGUCCUCCCUCAUCUACCGCAACAUGGAGCGCUGGAAACGCAUCAGGCAGAGGUGGAAGGAGGCUUCCCAUCGGAACCAGCUGCGGUACUCCGAGAGCAUGAAGAUCCUGCGCGAGAUGUAUGAGCGCCAGUGACCUUCCCCCAAUAAAAGCGUCCCCCAGCCCA